UUGAAUUCCCAUUGUGAUCCGACCCCUCUGCGGCCACGUAGUCUGCAGCAACGGUAAACGCGAAUUUGAACAGGUUUAUGUUAGACGUUGGGAUUCUGACUGUGUCUCUCUGCACAGUUGCGGUUUCGGUCACAAUUUUUGUGCCACACCCUCGGUGUCCCGGGUUGUUUUUGUGAAAUUAUUGGAUAAGAAGCGGUGAAGGGGAAGUUGUCUGACAAGGAGGCCAGUAUUUGCCAAGGAGCAAAGAUACACGGCUGUAGUGAUAGUCCGUUGCUGUUUUAGUAGAUUGGGUUGCAGGAUUACGAAGGUCCUUCGAGUGCUGAGGCAUCAGGAGCAUUCUGUGUUGAGUUUUGUUUACUUGUACCCUGACGUGUGUCCGGCGGAUGACGUUGUCCUGCAUUGCCUUGUUUCUCGGUAGACGAGAGGACUGGUGUGAUGUUCUAGCGUAAUGCGCUUUGCUUUGAAGGAACCAAAUAUUAGGAGGUAGUUCACCGAAGGCGGCUCCUGCUGCCGAAUCCUUACUCUGGCGACAACUGCUCCUGCGUACACUUCUCUUGGAAGUUCGCUAAAUUACGUCGUUUGUGCUCAAAGGGCUUCAAAUCGCCCGUGUACCCUAGCAGUAGGCACUGCUGAGAUGGAUGGGACCUGCCACUUGACCUUUCUUCGACAUUGGGAAAGAGAGCCACUGAUAUCCAUGUAGACGGCUGCUGGACCUAUGUGCGAGGGAAGGUUACUGGAAUCCGAUGGAAGGGCAGUAGCUUGCAGUGCACCAUGGAAGAGUAGGGAGCAGUGUGGAAGGACAUUGCAUUUUAGCUUAGACCACAUUCUACUUCUGUGUCGAGUGUCCUUUUAAAAAUUAGCUUUACUAAUUCCAUCCGAGUAGCUUCCUCAGAGACACAGGACUUGUUCAUAGCACUCCUCGGAUCGCUAUGCAUUCACCCGUAACUUUCAAUGCCCCUCGCUUCGUAGGGUAUAAAAUUCUGAGAGUCUUGUGAGCCUAGCUGGACAACUCGAAAGGCCUGAGCUGGGUGUACAUUAGUAGCGACGAUGGGAGCAGACAAAGCAAACGUUUCUGAAGGACCACCGUCUGGAGAUGAUGGUAGUUUGUUGGCAGAGAAAGAUUCACUGCAGGCCGUCCAAGUCGCCUUGAACAUCCGGCCUCUCAUUGCACUGGAGCGUGCCCAGGGCUGCAAAGAUUGUAUCACAGUAGUACCUGGUGAACCUCAGGUUCAAAUCGGCACUCAUUCUUUUACAUUCGACCAUGUCUUCGGCAGCUCUGGCUCACCUCUUUCUGGACUCUACGAUAAAUGUGUGAAGUCGCUUGUAGAUGGCCUGUUUCAUGGCUACAAUGCAACUGUGUUGGCAUAUGGUCAGACCGGUUCGGGGAAAACCUACACAAUGGGCACUGCAUACACGGUGGGAGGCUGCAUCGACGGAGUCAUUCCCCAUGUUAUGCAGGACAUCUUUCAACACGUCGAAACUCUGAAGAAAAAAGUUGACUUUCAAAUUAGGGUGUCAUUUAUUGAGAUUUUGAAGGAGGAAGUGCACGACUUGCUGGAUCCCAAUCCACCCUCCACAGAGGCUAAUUUUGGGGGAGGGUCAAAGCCUACCACAAUGGGCAAACCUCCCAUUCAAAUUCGGGAGACCUCGAAUGGAGGCAUCACACUCGCAGGGGUAACUGAACCCGAUGUGAAGAGCCUAGAGGAAAUGGCGGCAUGCCUAGAGCAGGGAUCCUUGUGCCGAGCUACUGGAAGUACGAACAUGAAUUCUCAAUCCAGUCGAUCACACGCUAUUUUCACCAUAAUGCUUGAGCAACGUCGCAAGUGGGAGAUGCUUCCCGACGGAGGUAAUCCACUUUUAGAGGAUUGCAAUGAGGACUACUUGUCUGCAAAGCUGCAUUUGGUGGAUCUAGCGGGAUCUGAAAGAGCUAAAAGAACCGGAGCAGAUGGAUUACGAUUCAAAGAAGGUGUACACAUCAACAAAGGACUUCUAGCACUCGGAAACGUAAUUAGUGCUUUGGGGGAUGACAGAAAGCGUAAAGAAGGAGGCCAUGUUCCCUACAGAGAUAGUAAACUCACAAGGUUAUUGCAGGACUCCCUUGGAGGGAAUAGCAGCACUGUGAUGAUAGCUUGUGUAAGCCCAGCAGACUCAAACGCGGAGGAGACUUUAAACACUUUAAAGUAUGCUAAUCGAGCCCGGAACAUCCAGAAUAAGCCUACGGUCAAUCGAGAUCCCCUGACUGCUGAAAUGCAGCGACUAAGGCAACAGCUUGAGCUGGCCCAAGUUGAGCUUAUCUGUGCUAGAGCUGGAGGACCAUCAAAUAGCGACAUGCAGAUGUUCAAGCAGAGAAUCGCAUGGCUUGAAGCUAGCAAUACUGAGCUUCGUCGAGAGCUGGAUGAAUCCCAAGGAAAAAUUGCCUCCCUCUCUCGAUCUGCUUCGGAAUCAGAACUUCAGCGGAACAAGCUGCUAGUUAAGCUCGAUAUGCUGCGGUCUGGGAAGACUUUUGAGGAGCUUGACGGGGAGAAAAUUACCCAGACCGAGGAUUUGCUGAAGGACUACGUGAAAAGAAUCGAGGACCUCGAGGCUGAGGUUCAACAACUUCAGCAAUCCAAGUCACGAUCCGUUUUAACCAAUCGACCGAUUUACCCUAACGUCGCCAAUGUUGUCAAAAGCGUAACACCUGAAGGCAUCACUGGAGUUCCAGUUAUUGGAGAUGUUGUGUCCCCUGGUGAAAGUCGUGCGGAGCCAGAGGCCGACGUUGUUGCUAAGGAGUUAGAGUAUUCAUCAGUUCAAGCUGGCCUCGACAAAGAAUUGCAAGAGUUGAAUAAAUGCUUGGAGCAAAAGGAGGCGGAGAUGAAAUCCUUUGUCCGAGCUGAUACCUUAGUCUUAAAGCAGCAUUUUGAGAAAAAGCUGAUCGAAAUGGAGGAGGAGAAAAAGCGCUUGCAGAUGGAAAGAGACAAGUUAAUGAUGGAGCUCGAAAACCUUUCUCAUGUCUCCGACGAUAACGCCCAGAAACAGCAACUUGCAUACAAGCAGACUCUAACUGAUCUGGAAAUUCAGAUUGCGGAUCUGAAAAAGAAGCAGGAGAAUCAAGCGCAACUUCUUCGUCAGAAGCAGCGAAGUGAUGAGGCAGCCAAGCGCCUGCAAGAGGAGAUUGUUCGUAUGAAGACCCAGAAGGUUCAAAUACAGCAAAAGAUGAAGCAAGAAUCUGAACAGUUUCGGUUGUGGAAAGCAUCCAGAGAGAAAGAGGUUCUUCAGUUAAAGAAAGAAGGGCGUCGUAAUAUUUACGAGUUACACAAGAUACAAGCUCUACAUUUACGGCAGAAAAUGGUAUUGCAACGGAAGACAGAAGAGGCCGCAACGGCUAUGCGUCGUCUGAAAGAACUCCAAGAAGCCAGGAAGUCGUCUAAAGAUACUGCUCCUAACGGAACUCUACUUCUCACUGGUCCUUCCUCUCAGAACAAUGAGAAGUCCCUCCAACAUUGGCUUGAACAAGAACUCGAAAUGGCUCUUCGAGUUCACGAAGUUCGUUCAGCUGUCGAGAAACAGAGAGAGGAACGUGCGGCUACUGCCAAAGAACUGAUGGAGCUAAGGCAACAGGAUGAUGAGAAACUUGCAAUCGCAAAUGAUCCUGAUGAGGAGUCCAAUGCCAGGCACGCCCGUAUCGCGUACCUGGAGAGUCUUUUGAGCUCCUCUUCUGGAGAUAUGGUGGCAAUGGCAUCUCAACUGUCGGAAGCUGAAGAACGUGAAAGAGCUUGCAGUGGUCGGGCUCGUUGGCAGCACUUGCGCUCUAUGGGAGAUGCAAAGACCCUCUUGCACCUCAUGUUUGGUGUCGCAUCCUAUUCCAGAUGUCGCUUCAAAGAUCUAGAGGACGAGAACAAAGAGAUGAAGGAGAAGCUGGCCGAAGUGGAAGGUCUAUUGAAACAGACAGAAGCACAACGUCAGGAAUUGGAAAGACAGAAUCUACUAACAAAUCAAGCUCUGUCCGUUGCUUUGGUAGCAGCCAGUAAGUAUGAGUUGGAUGUUCGCAAUACUCAAACUGAGGGCGAUCGUCCACGGAAAUCUGGUGGACCGUAUGACCUUCGAAAGGUGUCCCGCGUUUCCUCCAUAGUCCGGACUUCACUUCCGGAGUCUGAUAUGGAUCUAUCUGACUCGGAGUCCGAGUUCGACAUGAGAGCUGAUGUCUCCGAUCUGGAUUCAGAUUUUGAUGAGGAUGAAAAAUCUUAUAAAAGACGUGUUGCACGUAAGACUCAGUCUGGAACUCGGGUUCUUUCUGGAGGAAGGAAACAGGCUUCUGUUGGCCAGAAGUCGAGCACUGACCUGCCACAUUCCGAGCCUCCGAGUGAGCCAGGAUCAGCAGAGAGCGGUCGCAUUACUCCGUCUAGUGGUGCGACCACCCCUGCUGAGGUAAAAGAGGAACUUAAGUCAGGUCAUUGCUGCUCGUGUUCUCCAUGGUCAGGCUGUAAGACUAAGAAAUGUGCCUGUAAAGCUGUCGGUGGUUUCUGCGGACCUGCGUGUGGAUGCAAGGUCGGCCGAUGUGCAAAUCGCGGUGAGAUUGAUACUGUCGAAUCAUCAUUGGUGACCACAAACUCACUUGUACCAGCGCAUAGAGACAUGGCAGUGGCUAUGGCGGGUCUCCGAGUGGAUGAGACAUCGCACAAACUAGGGUUUGAUUUUGGGGAUUCUAAAACCGGCGUAGAGUUGUCAGGUGGUCCAUCUCCCGAGACCGAUAGUGCCUUGUUGAAGAAGGUAGUGACCUUGUUGGACUUUGCAUGGAAAAGUAGUCAGCAGGGCAGCCCUCAAAGCCCUGACGAGCAUCUACAUCCUGGAGAAGUGGUUUUCCAUGGUACACGUGACGAAACAAGGAAAGAUGAGGUUGGUAGUAAAAGACCUCGACGACCGCUCUCAGAUAUUGGAAAUAACAAGAUUUUAACCAAGCCGCACGGGGAUCGUCCCCCCUUGAAAACUAAACGUAAAGUCCCGCGUGGUUUGGUCCAGCUAGUGUCGGUUCCUUCAUUGGCUCCCGAGCAGCCAGCUGCUACUCCUUCUUCCACCCCGACUGCAACAGUCCCUGCUCCAGCAAUCGGAUAUACCGCCGCAGAUGGCAACAGUCUCGGAUCCGCAGACGGUGGGUACACACUUCGUUCAGUAGGAGACCGACCUGCUGUUCCGGAAACGCAAGCUCCCUCGAAUAACAGUGCGGGAUACCACGUCACAACUAGCGCAGGUGAAAGACCUGGAGAGCCUCUUGUUCCUCCCAGGGUACAUCCUUCUCUUCCGAGGUCUGGUCAUGGCCCUUUGAAAAUACGGUCUGAUUCGAGCUUGCAAAAUAGUGAAGUCGACGCUUCUACUUCCAACGGUAGGCGAAAGGACACAACCAAUGGCCAUGGACGGAAUAGUAUGGCCGGGGAUCAGAAAGAAAAUAUGCGGACAAAUUCGCGAAGACUGUAAACAACUCAUUUGUGGGGUUCAACCUGAGCAGGCCAAAUGUUAAUUUUAGCACUGUAGAGAGUACAUUUUCAGUUGUUAAACUUCAUUACGCACCAAUCACUUCUUGUGACACUCUUGUCACGUCCAAUCCUGUCACCUUGUACAUCUAAUCAAUCACAUUCUUGGUGACUCCAUUUUUUCCUUCAA